AUGCUGUCCAGAGUUUAUCACCUUUUGAAGGUCUUGCUCUCAACUCCAGGCGUAGUGCACACUAUCCUCUCUCCAACAAGUUUCCGGGCUGAAUACCAUCGAGCCGGCAGUGGGUCCAGUCUCUUGGCACGACCUGUAAAAAUGCAGAUCGACAUUGUCCGCGCCUCCACCGGUCAAGCAGCCGCUAAUAAUGGCGGCGCACUUGACGGUACCAGUGAUCGUGAACUUUACGCCGUCAGCUUUCAACUUCUCUCUGGUCCAACACGGCGGUUUAAGCGAUUAUGUGAACAACUUCAAGCUCCAUUGCUAGCUGGAUCUGGAGGUCACAACUCCAAUCCUCCUCUUCGACCAUCUCCUGUGCUGGCAGUGAAACCGCGAUCUUUGGAUAGUGCCACUAGCAGUAAUUCAAAGGCUGCCUCAAACACAGUACCACUUCCACGUACAACUGAGGACAGCAGUCAGUGGUCUUUCAUCGACUCAGAUGCUACAGCCGACGGCGCAGCAAGCAGUAUCAGCACCCUGUGUUCACAAUUUGAAGCCACCUUGGCACUAAAUGACAGCCAGCUGGACUCCACAUCCAAGCCAACGACCGCCGGAAAUAGCUGA